AUGCUGAAGCGAAAGCGUGAUGAUCACGACUCCGAGGAACCUGAAAAGGAGCGACAGUACCUCGGGUUAAAGGUGUCUGGGCUGAGGGCCAGAGUCACUCGGAGCGUCAAGACCCUCCACGACGCCCUAAAGCUUGCUCGAGGCUUCGAGAGACAGAAACUGGGCCGCCGUCAGAAGAAUGCAAGCGACAAUCCUCAAACAUUGCUUCGACUGCGGGAAGAAGUCGUCGUCCUCAAACAACUGCAGCUCGAACAAACGGCGAAGAACCAACUUCUGAAGCACUUGGUCAAGACAAAACGUAUCAAAGAGCAUCCUGUCUUUAUCAAGGCUUAUGGUUCAGAUCCCGAGUUGGAACAUGUGAAGUCAAGCGCCGAGGCAAAUGUGAUUGGAAGAUUGUUCAAUUCGAAUCCUGUCAAACAGGCACUACCCGAGAUUAUGAAAACAAUCUACACCGCGCUUGAGAUUCCCCAAGCCACGCAGCCUGCUUCCAAAGAGACAAAACAAGCAUCCGAGAAAGUUGCCAACUCGAGGGCGAACUCAGGAGAUGAGGAUGAGUUCGAGGGUUUUCCCACCGACGGCUCCGAAGACCUGGGUUCUGGACGAUUAAAGCAGUCACCAGGACCAGAGCUCGAGGAUGACGAUAUAUUCGAACUGGCAAACGGUCGCCUGGCAUCUCCCGAAGGGGAGUCUGAGGAGGAGUCCGAUGAAGAAGGCGCCGAGGACCGGAUGCUCCUACGGCAAAAGGGCGCCAAAAGAGCGGUUGACACUAGCAGAUAUGCUAGAGAUGAGGAUCUCUCCAUAUCGCCAUCUCCCAGCGAAGUGUCCGAGCUCGAUGGCGAGAUCUCUCAAAUGCCACACUCAAAUACGGCCACGAGCAAGACUGCAUUUUUACCGUCUCUAAGCAUGGCAGGCUACUAUUCCGGAUCAGAAUCUGAAGACGAUGCGAACGGCUACCGAGGCCCAGCACAGCCCAAACCCCGAAAGAAUCGACGUGGGCAACGUGCCCGACAGCAAAUAGCGGAGCGCAAGUUCGGAAAAAAUGCCAAACACCUGGAGAAGCAAAAGGACCAGGACGGAAGGAACACAGGAUGGGAUCCGAAGAGAGGUGCGGUGGGGCGCGUUGAUCGCCCUGGAGACCGGUUCCAUGAGAGGAAAGUCAAUCAGAAGCCGACAGGAGGAGUCCAUGCCGUCGCCCACUCAGCUCACCCACCGAAGACCAGGCUGAAUGUGCGUGAUGACCAGGGCCCGCUUCAUCCCUCUUGGGAAGCCGCAAAGAGGCGAAAGAUGCAGGAUCAAGGCCCGGCCACAUUUCAGGGCAAGCGCAUAACCUUUGAUUGA